AUUUGACAUUUAAAUUAUUGAUUUCAAUCAGAUCCCUAUUUCUGGUCUAUAUUUUGAAUGCCACAAACUAUUUGGACCCAGAUGUCAGUUUCAGCGGUCAUAAAAAGUUAAUGUUAGUCUUCUACCAAUGUGGAAAAGGAAAGAGUUCACUCAAAACCUAGAAAAUUUAGCUUUGAAUUUUUCCAAAAUAUCCCUUAAACUGUAGCUCAUUAAUGACAGUAUAUGUUGACAUAUUUUUCCAGUACUCAGAUCCACACCAUAGUUUCCACUCAGCUACAAGAUUGGUAUUAGAAUUACAUUUGCAUUAUCUAUUGUUUAUUAAUGGUUAAAAUCAACUGAACUAAAAAAAUGUUGGAAAUACAUAACCCUAAUAGGCAACUGAGAUCAAUAGGUUCUAUUAAGUAAUCAGAGCCCAGAAUUAGGACAGAGCAAGGUGAGACAGCAUUGAGCUAUUCUGCUGUGCUGCACUAAAAACAAUUUGUUGAUGUCAUAUAUGCACACACUUUCACUUUUUUUUUAAUGAAGGCUAAUUCAUGACCUGAUCUGUUCAAAACCUGUAAGCAAUUUUGCUGCCACUUUAGCUUUAGCUUUUACGUUAUUUCAUUUGAUUACCAAAUUUAUCUUUAUUUUUGAUUUUAUAUUUACUAUUGUUCCUAACUAUUGGUGAAGGAGUGAAUUGUAUAAAAUUGGUUUACAUCAAUAAAUUUGUCUGACUUGCCUUGCCUUUUUAAUCACGUUGAUGAAAUACCUCACCAGCUACAACUGAUGUGAAAUUUCAAGAUACUAUAAAGCCAUUAAAUUAUGUACUGGUAUGAAGGUUUGUUUGUACAAACCUUGAAAGUAAUAGCACAUGAAAUGAUUGCUGUGGUUUAGUGAGCUGUCCUGAUAGGUUGUCCAGAUUGUUUGUACUACAACCUUGACUUUAUUUCACAUUACCAGCAUAUAUACACAAUAAGCUCAAAUAACAUGCAGUUUAUAGUCUUACUAUUAAAUCCUUCCUCUCAAUGCGCCUCUAUGGUAGCUAAAAGAUCUUGUUUUUAAAGUCCCACGUCGCUUGUUUAUUCUUUUUUACACCACUAGGAGAAUUAAUAUGUAGCCAACACACUGUAGCUAGACGGCAGAUCCAGAAACAAAAUUAUACAAAAUGUUGAAGGCUCUUAAUAUGCUAUAUACUGCAAAUGCAUUUUCUAAACUUUUUUUUGUUUACAAACCGAUGAAUCACGGCUAAAUUCUAAGACUUCUCGUCAUAAACUUAUAUGUCGGUGAAUGCUGGUGAUUAAUUAAACUACAAAACAACCAAACUAAUUAAUCUGUUCUUGAAUUAUAAUAAAAUAAUACGAAAAGUUAACUUUGUGAAACGUUUCGACUGAAUGCAUUCUAAUCUGGGAAAGUCAGUAAUGCCAUUUAUAGAAGAGCUCAGAACAGAGGUGUAGAUAAUGGGGUGAAGUAUGUUGGUGGGGCAGGGCAGAAGAGGUUAACACUGCACAUACACAGUGCAUCUGAGUGUAUACGUGUCCAAUGACAUUGUUCUGCGCUGGAACUGCGCAGCAAUAAUGCUCAUAAAAGGUCAAAGGAAUCGUCAUCACGAGUCAAUAUUUUACCCAACCAAACGUCAAAUGAACGGCCUUCAACUUGUUUUUUCGUAUUUUAUUAUCUACCAGGUGUUAUAAGAACAAUCAAUAUAGCCAAUAGGUGGUAUAUAUUUUCAGUAGUUCCGAAACAUACUAGUUAGCUACCUAUGAUUACAUUGCUAUGGCACAAAAUCAUAUGAACGGACAACUAGCAAUACAAACAACAUUUAAAAAAUUACCUUCAAUUUUUUUUUAUGUAUUUGUUUCUUUGGCUGGUUUGGUUUGUUUUUUGUUUGUUUGUUUGUUUGCUUUCUCUCUCUGAAUUGAUGAGGGCAUUAACAAGAUGGCCAAUCCUAUUGGAGAAAACUAGAUAACUAAAAAGAAACGUAACCUACGGGAAGUUGAUAAAGAAGGCAAAUCAGUCUGCCAUUUGCUGUGCAUACCAGUGCAUAGUGACACUAUAUUGUUUUAUAUCAACAUUAAAUAUAGAAAAAGCAAUGUAUAUUGUAAGAUCUUCAUUACAUUCUUUCAAUUUUAUGUUGAAACACAAACAAACCUGCUGAGAUACUUGUAACGCGUAAAAUUGUGACUGGAACAAUCAAGGACUCAUUUGAAAUAGCUGUCUAACAAGGUCUGAACUUUUGCCCGAACGACUAUCCCUUCUACUAGAAAUGCGACACCAUAGUAAACAUACUGACAAGUAACAAAUUACUGUGGGCGUCAUAUUGUUCUUUGCUCUUGUCUUUCCAUGUACCAGUGAAUGAACACCCAAUAUUCGAAAUCCUCCGACCACCUCCUUUGUGCGUGGGUUUUAUGAAGAGGGGCUUUGCUGAACUAUUGUCACCAAUUAAUGAUUAGCUGAAACUUUUCGGUCACCCGCCGACGCUUGUCAAGUUUUUUAAGGGUGGACCAAAUCAACGAGGUGUAACAGACUCCAAGGUGCAAGAGGAUGACAUAUUUGCUGUAAAAUAUGGACCAGCAAGUAAAAAAAUAAAUGAUGGCUGGAUAAUUUACUAGGCGAUUAUCCAUGAUAAGGAACAGUAACAGUUAGCAGUUUUUACACACAUUUUCAUCUGCUAGGACUUAGAAGCUCUUUUCCUGCUGCUCCUGUCUCAGCCCAAGCCUUGCUGUCCGCCUAACCUAUUUUUCGUAACAGAUCCGUCUAAUAAUCCAAUAAAACUGCCCCGAAGCCUACCCUGACCAAAUCUAAGUACAGAAAUUGAACGCUGCAUAAACCUUAGGUAAAGUUAGUGGAAAUAGGACGCUGGAAUUUAGCUUUCCAUACUAAAGUUAAAUAAACGCUAUACCAUUUUAUUCAGACUAGCCAAAUAGUAUGUCUACGGUAGUAUGAAGGCCUAGAAGGAAAAAUAGGAAGCCGGUUAAAAUCUCAAAAGGACGGUUGUCCCUUUCUUCGUUUCUUUCUCUUCUUCGGGAGAGCCUUUCACGAGGGUCUUGACAUAUUCGUGCUGUUAUCAGAUUGAUGGGCCAGUUUGAUUGAAGUGGCUUUGUCAUGCAAAUGUCAAGCGCGUGAUGGAUGGUCACCGUGCGCUGACAAACUUCUGGAGGUCCCCACACCAUUGGCGCCGUGACGGCUCACGUGAUCAGCAGCUGAGGUAUAGAUGUGUUAUAGGGAAGCAGGAGGAAAUACUCUGGAGGUAAUCAUUUUCGUUUUCCCUCAUGACAUACUGCUGCGAGGUUGCAGCACGGACUAUUUCAAACACGCGUCUUUCUUCUCUUCGCCAUUAGAUGCGCAUGGACAAUUCCAGAAUGAACUCAUUUUUAGAGUACACAAUUUGCAACCGGGGAACGAGCACUUACCCCACAAAGUCUGGAUACCAUCAUUUGGAUCAGGCUUACUCGGGCCCCUUUCAGUCCGGUGACAGCUAUAACUCUGAUGGACGACUUUACGUAGGGGGCAGUGCGCCGGCAGCCACGGCACAACAUCAGCACCAAAGUGGAAGCUACGUGCAUCACCAGCACCAGAAUCAAACCAGUGGCACGGGCCUCUCAACUUACGGUAGCACAGGCUAUGGAGCGCAUGCCUCUGCCACCCCGGACUAUGGCCAUCAGCAGUAUUUCAUGAACCACGAACAGGAUGGAAUGUAUUAUCAAUCUUCUGGCUUUGUUGCCCCAAGUGUCGGUCCUAAUUACGGGUCCUUGGCCGGUGCGUAUUGUAGCACGCAGGGAGCAGUUCCGGCGGCGCCAUAUCAACACAUGAACGGCUGCGAAGGCCAGGACCACCAACUCCUCUACAGCCAGGGUACUUACGCUGACCUAUCAUCCUGCCAGCAGAAGGAGACAGGGUCGGAGCAAAUGCCAGGGAAAACCUUCGACUGGAUGAAAGUUAAAAGGAACCCUCCUAAAACUGCAAAGGUAGCAGAGUACGGCCUGAGUCCACAAAACGCAAUCCGUACAAACUUCACUACAAAACAGCUUACAGAACUCGAGAAAGAGUUCCACUUUAGCAAAUACCUGACACGAGCUCGCCGGGUGGAAAUCGCCGCUACACUUGAACUGAACGAGACACAGGUAAAGAUUUGGUUCCAGAAUCGACGAAUGAAGCAGAAGAAACGUGAAAAGGAAGGGCUUGCUCCUACAUCAGCUACAUCCAAGGACUUUGACGAAAACUCGGAUCAUUCUUCAACGUCUCCAGGCACGUCCCCAAGUCCAGAAACCUAACGAAAUAGUAAUUAGGGCCUUGAUAUGAACUACAGAUCUUUAUAAUAUAAAAUAAUAGUUCCUUAAACAUUCCAAAUCGUGUCGAACAUUGAUAUUGAAAUAGGACACAGGUUAUACAUUUUAUUUGAACUUAAUUGAAUGUGUUCCAAUUUCAGUAGGUUAAUUCAGGGUACGCAAGCUCCGAUUUUCAUUCAAAAGUCGGUAGUGCACUUUUAGCAGCUUUACAAGUCUGUAAACGAAUUUUUUUAACUACAGAGAGUAUGUAAGGACAGAAUGAUAACUUUUGUAUUGUUGUUAAUUUUUUCUGAAAAUGUAGAUAUACGUUAGUGAAUUGUUUGUACUAAGUUCUAAGGUUUAUUCGUCAUAAGGUUUAAUUGGGCCGUUUGCACUAUACGGUUACAACACUGGCCUUUUCGGCACUGAUGCACCUCACACUGUUACUCCUGUAAUCUCAACAACGACUGAUUGAAUCGUUGACUGAAUGAAAUAAUUUUUAUUCUUUGUUGCUUCAUUUUAAACCGUAAAUUGGAACACAAAGUGCCAUGCAUUUAACGAUUCAGAAAUUUUGUAACCCGAGAAAACAGGAUGGAUUAGAUAGCGUUAUUUUAAUUUCAUGCCACAAACGUUUUGAGACUUGUAGUGUGCUGUUGUUAUGUAUAAAUACAGGGUUAUUACGUUUUUUUUUUUUUUUUUUUUUUCGUCUAAAACGUUUAGAUAAUGAUAUAGGCUAUAUUUUUUGCUGUAAUCACAGACUGGCUGAGUUUUAUUAGUUGGUCUGUUUGUUGUAAUGAAAGCCCUAUUUCGAAUAUGUG